UCCGAUGACACCUGAAGGCAGCACCAGUGAAACGACGAGAGACAGAGAGAGCGAGAGAGAGGGAGUGUGAGAGAGCGAGGAAAGAGAAAGAGAGAGAGAGAGAGGAACCUGUACUGUUACUACAACACAAGGAGACGGGAGUCGGCCACAGAUAAAUAACGAUGAUAAUAAUAUUGGUAAUAAUAAGUUGAGCUCGCUCCGGUCAGACAGUCGCGGUCUGGAGGACAGAGCGUAUCAGUCUCUCUCUACCUCUGCUGGAUCUGGACUCUAUAUUUGCUUUUGGAGGAACUGCGCCGGUCCCUGCUCUUCUGUGUGUGUGUGUGUGUGUGUGUGUGUGUGAGAGAGAGUGUGUGUGUGUGUGCGUGUGUGCGUGUUUGUGUGAGCGAGAAGGUCCUCAGAGCUCCGCGGUGUUUUAACCGGUGGAUGAUAUACAUGCAGGCUGCACUACAGAGAGCUCCCUAUUACAUGACCUGAAAGCUGCUGAUACACAAAAAAACUGAGGUUGAAGGAGAGACGCCAGUGACAUGAAGAAUAGAAGUUUGUUGAAUUAACUGCGCUGACACAGAAACCUCUAAAAAACUUCCUGCCACUGACAUAAUGAUGACCUGAAAUUGCAUGAGAACUUUCACUUAAUUCUGAGAACGAGAAUCUCAGGUUUCCAUUUUGUUCUAGGCCUCUGUUAGGCUGAAAACAGGUUCGACAUCUUUGUUAAUGGUCAAUGACAGUGCUCGUUGAAGAUGGAUUGAUGGUGUGGCACUGGAGAGAGUGCUGAAUGAGCUGCUGCGUUAGCAGUUGGAUUUCUGGAUGACUGGAGGCAGAUAGCAUUAUAGUUGGUCAACCAGGGCGCUCUAGAAUUCCCUAGAUGUCCAACUGCAGAUAGCAGAGUUUUCAAGUUCUUUUUAGCUCGCUAGAGGCAAGAAAGAUAUAGCAGAUUAGUACCAUGAAUACUAGAGACGAUAUGGAGGUGAUGGAGACCCAGGCUGGAGGUCAAAAGGAAAAGCUCUUGAGAGACAAGGUUAAUCAUGCGAUUGAGAUUGAGGGUGAGGAUGACAAAAUCCCUGGGAGUUUCGACUGCACUGUCUGCGGACGCAGCUUCCCCUUCCUCAGCUCUUUGUCGCAGCAUAUGAGACGCCACACUGGUGCACGUCCUUACAAAUGCCCCUACUGUGACCACAGGGCCUCUCAGAAAGGCAACCUCAAAGUGCACAUUCGCAGCCAUAAACUGGGCACACUCUCUAGCCAUCACUCCAACGAGGAUGAAGAAGGUGGGGCUGAGGAGGAGGAGAUGAGUGUUUCUGAGGGUCUCGAUGGAGGUACGAGUCCAACUAAAAGUAGCUCUGCCUGCAACCGGAUGAUCAAUGGGGAUAGUGUUGAAGAGAGCCGGAGGAAAGGGCCUGCAAGGAGCAUGAAAAGAGAGAAGUCUGUUACUGACCAGCGGCCUUACUGUUGCCGUCUCUGUGGCUAUGAGGCCCAGCGAGAAGAUCAGCUCCUCAGCCACAUUGAAAAGGUCCACAUUACUGCAGACGCAGAAGAGGAGACGGCUGUUAAGGAAGAGGCUGUGACUGAACCUGAUGCCAACCCAGCCCAGGCUGAUGGGGCCUUCCCCUGUGAGACCUGUGGCCAAAUCUUCAGCCAAGCCUGGUUUCUGAAGUCGCACAUGAAGAAACACGCAGGGGUCCUGGACCACUGCUGUCGUAUUUGUGGACGACGGUUCCGCGAAGCUUGGUUUCUCAAAUCUCACAUGAAAACACACAACACCAAAUCUAGGUCACGGUCAAAAGCAGAAUCAACUGAGCAUCCGGCCACCAUCAACGAUGUAGCGCAGGACCCUGAUAUUGCUUCUGGCGCUGUAACAUCUACCUAUCAAAUGUGCUCUAAAUGUGGGAACCUGUUUCACACCAAAGAGAGCCUAAGAGUCCACGAAAAGGUUCAUGGUGUCAGCUAUGGCAAGAAAUCCCAGAGCCAAUGCAGAGCCAGUGAUGAGGAGGACUCACCAGCUGCUAAGAGACGUUUUCUAGACUAUUUAAACAUCCGACCUGUUGAGGAAAAGACCCUGGACAAAGACAGUGAAGGGGAGAAAAUUGUUGGGCAAAGAAUUCUUGAGCUAGAUCCAGUUUGCAGCUACCAGGCCUGGCAAUUAGCCACUAAAGGAAGAGUUGUGGAGCCAGUAGAGCAUAGUUUCAAGGCCUCCUAUGGGGGAGGAGGUUUCGGGGAGGAUGCCCUUGCUGGAGCUGCUGUGGUCUUUGAGAAGGCGAGCAGUCGUUAUGUCCUUCAAGGUCAACAGAAGCGCAGCGCAGGCAGACGCAGCAGCUCUGGGUUUGGAAGUCAUGGCUCUUCAGGGGACCGGACGCCAGAGAACCUCAGCGACUCCGAGUACCGGCCAUCGUCUCGCCAUGACCGACGACGGUCAUCCCAGUCGCAGUCGUCCUCCAAGUACAACGAGUGCUUUGAGUGCGGGAAGGUGUUUCGCAGUCGUCACCAGAUGAUCGUCCACCAGCGGGUCCACAGGAAAGACGGACGCAGGGCGUCCGCAGGGGACAAGGAAAGAACUGCAAGGGAAGACCGAUGGGGCUCCACCAGUGAUCCAGAGUCAGGCUCCCCCAGUCGGCCCUGCACCCCAGGGUACGGAGACUCUCCACCGGCCUCUACCCUGGGAGAUCAGGCCUCAGAGAUUGGUAGUGCAAACUCUGGAGGGCUUUCAGAUGAGAACCCUUACAUCUGCAGCCUGUGUGACUUUGUUACCUCUGAGUCACAGGCUUAUCUGACUCAUGUUCGUGUCAAACACCCGCCCGCCCCCGAAGACAGACCCAGCCCCAGCCCCAGCCCCAGCUCUAGCUCGGACAGAGGCACACCCAGCAGUUAUCCCAAGCUGAAGAAAGCUCUUCUCCAGGGGCUGAAAAGCUCAGCAUACCCUUUGGCUUACCUCGGUGCUCGAUCGUCCCAUCUGGACCCCAGCAUGACCCCUGUGGAUCUGUGUGUGAGGGCUGAUGGCACGAGGGGGAUAGCCUCCCUCACCUUGGACAGGAAGAGCCUCCCUAGCCACAAGUGCUCCUUCUGCUCCCACUCCACCCGCUAUCCCGAGGUGCUCUGGAUGCACCAGACUGUGGCUCACCGCAUCAACAGCAGUAGCUCCAAUCUGGCUCCUAAAUGGGCCUUUAAGAACAACUCAAAGGGCUCCCGGGACGGCUCGUUAUCCUCCAGGAGGCGCACCGGUCCCCCACCAGUCCUGGAGGGAAAAGAGUGUCCACCGCUGCCUCCACUGAUCCGCACCCAGCGUACCCAGCCCCCAACCGACGCCAGUGAGGUGCAGAAGAAGAACAAGCCAGCCAGUCACGCAGCCACGCCAUCAUCAUCAUCAUCAUCUUCAUCAUCAUCAUCAUCAUUAUCAACAUCAUCAUCGUCAUCACCAUCAUCAUCUUCCUGUACCCCCUCCACGUCAUUCUCCAGGGGUUCCUCCUCCUCCUCGGGCACCCAUGUGGGGAGAGUCCCUGUACAGCCAGGCGUCAGCGCCAACAGCAGCAUCAGGCACACUGAGGACCAGAGCUAUCCGUCCCGCUUCAGACCCAAAGUGGAUAUUUACCCAAGGGGAAGUUCGCUCUCAUCCUCAGGCUCCACAGAGAAGAGCAGUGGCGCCCUCUCACAUUCCUCAGCACCGAGCCCCAGCUCCGCCACAGUUUCCAGGAUGGCCGACCGCUACUUAAUGCCUCAAGAGGGUCUCGGUUUCAUGCUGUCCAGCAAACAUGGCCUUGCUGAGUACAGCCGGGCCAGGGGCUCCCCUCAUCAGCCGCAUCCCAACUCCAAGAGCCAGGGCCGGGCUAACGCCACAAGGCCCAGCGCCAUCACCCAUAGCUCCGCAGCGGGAGACAACUAUGGAGCCCCCCAGGCACGCAGAGGCACUCUGCAUAAUUCCGCCUCCUCCUCUACUUCUACUUCAUUGCCUUUGGAGUCUCGUGCAGAUGUGAAGCAGGAGCCAAUCGCUGAGACACCGGAGAUGCCAAAUGACGUCCUCAGCUUCCUCAAGAACUACAGCCCCCACGAUCUGGCCACUUUAUACCACCGCUGGGGUGCAGCCAACGCCAUGUUGGAUCCCACUGGGAUGCUGAGGUCUCUCAUGCGACAGGGGCAGUAUAUCUGUCAGGAGUGCGGGAAGAGCUUCAGUCAGCCGAGCCACCUGCGCACGCACAUGAGAUCCCAUACAGUUGGGUUUGAUUUUAACGGACUCCACAGAGGUACUGACGCUCACGCCACCGCUUCUGAGGCUCCCAAACAAGGGAGAGGCCAUUCUGCUGCCAGCUCUGCCCAUACCGAGCAUCUCAGAAAGGGAACCUAAAGACGCACGUCCAGAGUGUCCACCAUAUGCCUUUCGACAACAGCCUGUACCCAGACACACGGAGCUUGUCAUUGAGCCUGGAGGAGCAAGGAGCGCUGGCUGCCAAACACCCACCAACGCCACAACAAUAACAAUCUCCUCUGGAUGUACUAUGAUCUGGUUUUGGGGGCCAGACUAGUCAGGGCAUCAAACAUCUCCAAAAUACAGCCACCACUCAUAGAAAUCUGCAAAUGGGACCCGAGACACAUGAUUGACUUUUUGAGCCUCUCCUCUCCGCUGAGUAUCCUGCGAGAAGAAAUGUAUAAAAUGAAGGUUCUUGUAAUUUUUUUGAAGUACUUUUGUUUUUGUUAAGAAGCUAGCUAAAGCUGUGCUAGGCAGUUGUAAAAGCAGAAAAUAUAGGGCCACUGAGGAAGGAAAGCAUAGAUGGAAAGGAAAAGAGGAUUCGCCAACGUUUGCUCUUUUCAAUUGUGAAGUUUGGCAAAAUAAGGACAGUUGUUUUAAGUUUACAUCAACGUAAAAGGACGAUGGAACACAGGGGUCCUACGAACUGAAAUUCGUACCUCUCGCUGCCAUUUUGGAGGCACCACCACCUGCUUAGCUCAUCUCGACAAAAGGCAAACGAUUUUAGUCGAGGACUGUGGCAUUGCAUGGCUUUUUUGUUUGCCUUAUUGUAUGAGUUUGUGCGUUCCUCAGGACACCAAUCAUCCAGGAAAUGACACGAGAGAGGAGAGGAUGCUCUGCCCUUCAUCAACAGUCCACUGACACAUUGCAAGCUCGUCUCAUCUGGGCUCUAAGUGUUGUGGAUGGCGACUCCUAUGUGUGUGAGGCUGCACAGCUGAUGAUUAGGGAGAGAGCGAGACUGAGUUGGAGAGAGGUAGGAUUACAGAGAGAGAGAGAGAGAGAGAGAGAGAGAGAGAGAGAGAACGCUAAUGGGGGUGUCUGCUUUAGUGCUCAUUAAAAAGAGUGUGCGUUUUUAAUAGCCAAUAUAAAUGAGCGUACCACUUUUAUGGUCAUUCAAUUAUUGUCCAUUUAAGAGGAAAGAACUGAGUGGAGGCAGUUUUCCUCCAUAACUCCAUCACGUCAGGGAGUGACUUUGAAUUAGACUCCACAACCGAGGGAGUGGCAGGAACUCGUAAGUGGAUCAGACAGAUCAAGCCUCAGAUUAUGUCCUGUUCAUGCAAAGGAGAGCAUGGUACUGCUAGUGUUGGAAAAACUUGCUUUUAUUGCUUUUUAAAAUAUGUUCGUUUUCAUUCUCAAAUAAUUGUGAAACAUUGCAGCUUCAUUUGCUUAAUUUGGAAAGUUAGAAAAAAAACUAAAAUUCAAAAUAAAACUUGAGUAGCUGAGUUCUCUGGAUCAAUGUGCAUUAUUCCAAAACUGUUCAUCUAUUACUUUAAAACCGGCAAAUUAAACAAAAACAGACAUAUGGUGCAACAUGUACUUUUGACAUAACAAAUGAUUUUGUCAAUGAAACAUUUAGGACAGAUGCCCCGAAUCUUACGCUUUGUUCAUACUAAUGCAGAUAUUUUGCUAUAAAAAAUCUUCCCUGGUAUUUGACAGGUUGUUGACAUGGACUUUUUUGCCGCUGACCUGGCAUGCUUGUUGGAGUCUAGUCAUUUUUGUGUACUCGUCUGGAAGGAGAUAUUUUGUAAAACAAGGUUCAAUAUGUAUGGGAAACAUAUCUGCAAAGAAUAUCUGCAGUAGUGUAUGCAAGGCCUACAUUUCUUGAGUUAAGAUUAGCAUUUUAGAAAGACAGAAAGGAAAAGGUAAUAGAGAGAGAGUGAGAGAGAGAGAGAGAGAGAGAGAGAGAGAGAUAGGUCAGGAGGUCAGGCUUCCAGAGAGAUCAGGGAUAAAUACACAAGUUGGACACAUUCUGAGGCCUAUUAAACUGUAGCGCCGUCACAGCCUUAACACAGGUGUGUGUGUGUGAGAGUAUGUGCAGGUGCAUUCUUUUCAAACCUCUCCAUACUGUGUAAGAGGUUCACCCGCUCCUAUGUACUCCAGCCUCCCUCUAGAAGCUUUAGUGCAGCAGCCUACCUCCUCUGCGUUGAAAGCCUGUUUUAAGUUUUGGUCGGCUGGUUAUAAAGGUAUAGAACUGCUCUUUGCGAGGAUGACAUGUUCUUUUCUGUGGUGUCCCGUGCUUAGUUUCCCUCCCCUCAGCGGUCUGCAGAGAUUGAAUAAGCCAUGCCUUGACACGCUGGGGGGAAAGAAGAAGAAGUAGAAGAAGAAAAAGCAAAGGUAGCUCAAAGUAGCUUUGACUCGAAAAAGCAAGGGUAGAACUGUUGAUUUGUGGAGACCUUUUUUUUUCUGUACACGUUAAAAAAUCCAAAUUUACACCAGUUAAAGUCUACGGAGAGAACAGAGUACUGUACAUCCCAUCUAUUUUGAGACGUUUUUACAGGAUGACAGCAUGGUGUGCUAUACCAGAGGGUUGUUUAGAUAUGCAUACAAUAUUGUGUGCUUGAUUAUGCCUAAUAAUACACAUACAGUGUGUAUAUUGAAGGUGUGGGUAGUGAAAAUACUUGAAAUGGAUACUCUAACCUUUGUGGUAGUGUACUACUAAUACCAAUGUACAGAAUUCCCUUUAAGAUUAACUCCUCAGUUAUGAAUUUGUACUCCGAAGUGUGACUUAGAAAAACUAUGAAGUGGGAGUGAGUGUAUGUAAUAUAAGCUGUAUAUCUGUAAUCCACUUUUACCAAACCCUUUAUAUACAGCAGUAGAAACCAAAUGGCAUUACUAGUGCACUUAGACUAGGUUACUGCUUUAACUGCUCUCAUUUUGUCCAGUUCUAGCCACAAGGUUUCUUUGAGAAUGUCUCUUUAAUUGUGCCGGCUAACUCACUGCAACGUCAUUUCUGUUCCAGGGGCUUUAGGACGAUUCCCGUUGGUUUUUAGCGGUGAAUGAUUUGUUCGGUGACGGCGGUGUGGCACAGCUUUUUAGCUAAGUCUCCUCAUGGGAAGUCAGAUAAUGCUAGGUGCAUCAGGCAGUGCUUAUUUUUUUCAGAAAGAUGUAAGAGUGUGUUUUUAGUCUUUCUCUUUGCUAAACUGUAGGAUUUGUUCAGUAGCUAGUCAUGGCUGCCCUCCCAGGCACUGGCAGGUGUUGUUCUUUUUCUUUUUGGUUGUUUUUUUUUUUUUUUGUCAUGCCUCUCAAGUUGUUUUAUUUGUGUCCUUGUUGCUUUUUUUAUUUGUGAUGAACUUCAUGAGUAAUUUACCUUAGAAGACAUUAUUAUUAUUCCAAAUGUAUUCGGUUGACAUCUGUAUUUAUUAUCACUUCAAAAAGGAUAAGAGGACAGGGGUAGACAGGAGGGUUUGUUUUCAUUUGAUUUGUCUGGGGUGUUUUUUUGUUGUUGUUGUUUUAUAACGUGUUGUUUUCAAGCCAGCAAGCCUAUGUGAAAGCUCUACCUCGUCUGAGCCAUUCUCAGUUCUGUUACACUUUUGUACAUCAUUUCAAAAAGAUGUAAUGUCAUGUCCACAAUAAAGACACAGAAAAUGCCA